AUGAAUUUGGAAUAUUUUGAUACAAAUGGAAAUGUGACGGAUAGCCCUUGUACUUCUUCAUCUACUAAUGAGAGCGAACGGUUUGAAUGCCCGAAAAUAUGCAUAAUUUGCAAUUUGCCGGCUACUGGUUAUCAUUAUGAUGUUGCUUCAUGCACUGGCUGCAAGACAUUCUUCCGACGGACCAUCACCGACGGUCGGAGAUUCGCUUGCAAUAAAAAAGCGGAUUGUUUUGAGGAAUGGCGAAAUGAAAUUGAAGGAAAAGUGAAACGCAUAUGCCAAUCUUGUCGAUUUGAUCGAUGCGUGGAAGCUGGAAUGAAUCCAAGAGCUGUUCAGGCGGAAAUCAAAAACGAUGAAGGGCGAGAAUUGAUCAGAGAGGUGAUUGCGAGGCAGAAGCAUAAGCAGGAGCAGAUGGUCAUUGAAAAGAUCUACAAAAAUGUGGGAACAAUGGAAUCGAAGGUCACGCUGAUAAUCAACACGCUUGAUUAUAUUGAGCGUCUUGUACAACCGAUUUGGGAGAACGGGGUCCCAUUCGGCUAUAUUGAUGUGAGGACCCUCAAUGAUUUGAUCAACUCGCAACCGGUUUUCGAAAUUGAGCGAAUUCCGAAUUUGGUCAAAUUGCCGCCGAGAUUUAAAUGCGAUGACGAUCGUCGGAAAAACCAUGCGACUCGCACGAAAUACCUUCAUGGCAGCAUUCUAGCUAGUAUUGAACUGGCCAAGUGUUUGGAAUUCAUCGAUCAACUGGAUCCCGAUAGCAAGAUUGCUCUUCUCAAACAUGUCACACUAAUCAGCUCGAAUCUCAUGAACGCGUACUUCUCGGUGAAUAUCAUGAAGGCCGACCGGCUUCUUCUUCCCGAUGGAAGUCCGGUUAGCUGCAGCAAACCUCCGCAGAAUGCUGAAGAAGUGGAUUACUACAAGAAUCACAGCCAAAACAUCCAUAUGGCUGUGGCAACUCUACUUCGAACCCAAUUGGACCAUGUCGAAUAUUUGUUGUUGAAGGCGAUUUUUAUAUGUAAUCCAGCGAUUCGCGGUCUAUCAUCACAUGGCCAAAUUAUCAUUGAACGCGAGAGGCAGAAGUACUCGCAAUCGUUGUUUAAUUAUUGCAUGGUUCAACGCGGUGUCGUCAAUGGUCCGUCGCGAUUUUGCGAUUUGAUCGGAAUCUCGACGAGUCUCGAAUCGAUGCAAAAGUAUCAGAAGGAUCAGCACGUGUUCCUGAAGGCGCUUCGAUUCGCCAAACACCACGCACACCAUGAGCAUAAGCAUCGACAUCGCGGACCACGAUGGCUAUUCGAUGAGAUUUUGGAGGAUUAG